GUGGGUGCCUUCCCGUGUGUUCGGCACCAUGAUGCACCCCUGGACGCUUCCAAUGCACAGGAUCUCUCUGACUGUCAUCUAAGUGGACAAGCUCUGAGAAAAUUGUCGCAACUGAGUGAACCUAAGGUAGUGCAAACACGAAAGAAACAUCAUACAUGUCAGGAAUAUAGGAAGACCGUAGUUGCAUCCUCAAACUUUACAAAGCACGUGAACAUGCAUAGUGUAAAGAAGCCUUAUACAUGUCAGCAGUGCGGGAAGGCCUUCACUCAGACUGCAUACCUUAAACAGCACAUGAAUAUUCAUACUGGAGGGAGUUAUAAGUGUCCCGUGUGUGGGAAAGCUUUUACUCAGUCCUCAUACCUUAAGGGACACAUGAAUAGUCAUACUGUAGAGAAGAGGCCUUAUUCAUGUCAGGAGUGUGGGAAGGCCUUUACUCAAUCCUCCAACUUUAUUAAGCACAUGCAUAUUCAUACAGGAGAGAAGCCUUAUUCAUGUCAGGAAUGUGGGAAAGCUUUUGCUCUAUCCUCAUACCUUAAGAGUCACAUGAGCAUUCAUACAGGAGAGAAGCCUUGUUCAUGUCAGGUGUGUGGGAAGACCUUUAUUCGUUCCUCGAAUCUUAAAAAACAUAUGAAUACUCAUACAGGAGAGAAGCCUUAUUCAUGUCGAGAGUGUGGCAAAGCUUUCGCUGAAUCCUCAAACCUUACUAUGCAUAUGAGGAUACACACUGGCGAGAAGCCGUAUUUGUGUCAGGAGUGUGGGAAGGCCUUCACUCAGUUUGCAAGCCUUAAUAGCCACUUGAAAGUUCAUACCGGAGAGAAGCCUUUUGCAUGUCAGGAGUGUGGGAGAGCUUUCACUCGCUCUGCAUAUCUCUCACAGCACAUGAAUAUUCAUACUGGAGAGAGGACUUUUAGGUGUCCCGUGUGUGGGAAAGCUUUCGCUCAAUCCUCAUACCUUAGGAGACACAUGAAUAUUCAUACUGGAGAGAAGCCUUAUUCAUGUCAGAAAUGUGGAAAGGCCUUUACUCAAUCCUCCAACUUUAUUAAGCACAUGAAUAUUCAUACAGGGGAGAAGCCUUAUUCAUGUCAGGAGUGCGGCAAAGCUUUCGCUCUAUCCUCCUACCUGAGGAGUCACAUGAAUAUUCAUACUGGAGAAAAGAAGCCUUGUCAGGUAUGUGGGAAGACCUUUAUUCAUUCCUCAAACCUUAAAAAGCAUAUGAAUAUUCAUACUGGCGAGAAGCCUUAUUUAUGUCAAGAGUGUGGGAAGUCCUUCACUCAACAUUCGAGCCUUACUAGCCACUUGAAAAUUCAUUCUGGAGAGAAGUGUUAUAUAUGUCAGGAGUGUGGAAAAGCUUUCAUGAAGUCCUCAUACCUUAGGAAGCACAUGAAGAUUCAUACCGGAAAGAUGUCUUAUUCAUGUCAGUAA